GUCGUUGGUCCGUCAAUCAACUCUUCGUUCACGUCUUCCGCACAGCUCCGAACAAUCUUCGCCGGUCAUCGAGAAUGAGUCCUAGAUUGGUUUUGUCGUCUGUCAAAUGGUUCGGUGUUGCCUGUAUCCUCAUGAUGGAAGUCCAUCCGUCGCUGCAAGCGUCCAUCGUAGCGCCAGGUGCCCCGACCAAGACCAUCUGCGACCCGCGUGCAUUCCGCCAAGCCAUCGUCAGCUUUUGUACUUUCCAACGGCGAGACAUCCAUCCGAUCAGCGCCAGCCCUGAUCGAUAUUUCUACAAUGUCAACGAAAGUGAAAGUGGAACGGAAAGCGGGUCGCAAGGUGAACGCCAGACGUACGACAAGGUGGUGUUUACCCAGCUGGGAAAAGAGACUCUUUUCUUCCCAGUGGAGGUGUACACAGCCAAAGUGAAGCGCCAUCGUGAGUUUGCCCUGCACCGCAAAUGCUGCCUCAGCGGAUGCUAUCCAAUGGAUUUCGCCAGUGUUUGCAUGCACUAAAAGAAGAAAACCAAAACUCCAUCCACAAAACUUCCAACUUUCGUCAAACUCUUGGUUGUGUUUUUCCGUUACUUGAAUUGCCACUGUUCGUAAUUCUAACAGUUUUUGACUCGUCGGCCAUGAAACAAAAUAAUUCCACUAGCUGUGACUCAUUAUUUACGACUCUAUUCCAAAUAUACGUACAUAUCUACUACUA